AUCUGGUAGACGAAAGUCAGGCAGACACACGCAGACACGCACCAACUGGGAGACCAGAACUUCUAGCUGGUUCUCUGCUGCCACAGCUCCACCAAAGGGUGGGGAGGAACAGAGGAGCGCCCCAGAGUCCAGAGGAGAGGCAGGUGUGUGCAGGUACAUCACCUGGAUCAUGAGGGCAUCGUUCUUCUGGCUCCUCCCACUUCUCCUCAUCUUGGCCUCAGUGGCCCAAGGCCAGCAGACAAGACCAAAACCUGGGAUUAGGCGUAAACCCAAGCCAAGGCCCACACCCAGCUUUCCUCAGCCCCACGAGCCUGCAGAGCCUACAGACCUGCCUCCACCCCUUCCUCCCGGCCCUCCAUCAGUCUUCCCUGACUGUCCACGGGAAUGCUACUGCCCCCCUGACUUCCCAUCAGCCCUCUACUGUGACAGCCGAAACCUUCGAAAGGUCCCUGUCAUCCCACCCCGAAUCCAUUACCUUUACCUGCAGAACAACUUCAUCACUGAGCUGCCUCUGGAAUCUUUCAAGAACGCCACAGGCCUGAGGUGGAUAAACCUGGACAACAACCGAAUUCGCAAGGUGGACCAGAGAGUGCUGGAGAAGCUCCCCAGCCUGGUAUUCCUCUACAUGGAGAAGAACCAGCUGGAAGAGGUGCCAUCGGCUCUGCCCCAGAACCUGGAACAGCUGAGGCUGAGCCAGAACCUCAUCUCCAGGAUCCCGCCUGGAGUGUUCAGCAAGCUGGAGAAUCUGCUGCUCCUGGAUCUGCAGCACAAUCGGCUGAGUGAUGGCGUCUUCAAGCCCGACACCUUCCGGGGCCUCAAGAACCUAAUGCAGCUCAAUCUGGCCCACAACAUCCUGAGAAGGAUGCCCCCCAAGGUCCCCCCAGCCAUUCACCAGCUCUACCUGGACAGCAACAAGAUUGAGACCAUCCCCAAUGGAUACUUCAAGGACUUCCCCAACCUUGCCUUCAUCCGUAUGAACUACAACAAGCUAUCAGACCGAGGGCUCCCCAAGAACUCCUUCAACAUCUCCAACUUGCUGGUGCUCCACCUGUCACACAACAAGAUCAGCAAUGUACCAGCCAUCAGCAAUAAGCUGGAACACCUGUACCUCAACAACAAUAGCAUAGAGAAAAUCAAUGGGACCCAGAUUUGCCCCAACAACCUAGUGGCCUUCCAUGACUUCUCCUCGGAUCUGGAAAACGUGCCUCACCUGCGCUACCUGAGGCUGGACGGAAAUUUCCUGAAGCCACCCAUCCCGCUAGACCUCAUGAUGUGCUUCCGCCUCCUGCAGUCUGUGGUCAUCUAGGCUGUGCCCAGAGCUGGACCUCCUCUGACAGCACUUGAAGGCUGGUGGCCCAAGCCCUGGGGUCCACUGUUUUUAUCUGUCUCCUUCUCUUGCUCCCAGCCCUGCCUUUCCUCUCGUCCUUUUGUGAGGAUGGCAAAUACCAUAUAACCUGCUCCAGCCCUAAAGCAAGAUUCCCCUACCAGUCCAAAGACAUCCUGCCAGCCAAAACCUCUGGUCUUCUCUGGUCUCCCUUUGCUUCAGAAACAUAGGUGUAUGCCAACAGACACAUCCCCUCCCUUCCCCCACUCCACGAGUCUCUCCUGGGUAAGGCUGGGCCAUGGACUGACAUCUUAUUUUAGUCUUAGCUGAGUAAGAAGCAGAUGCCAUUCCAGAGGCGAACCCUGGAAAGUCCCACUGAGAACUCCUCCAUUUGGGCAAGAAGGCCGACAAAUCCAGGUGUCCUAGGCCCGAGAUCCCUUCCAAAGCUGCUGCUCUGCCACUGUUUCCUGACACCAGACAGAUGUCACUCUGCUCUCUGCUGUCUCGAAUUCUUCAGAAAGGAAGUGUGGGGGAAUGACUAAGGUGGGGUGAAGGGUCAGGGUUUCCCACAAGUUCCAGCCCUUCCUCCUCUUUCCUUCUCCCUCCUUUGGGGCAAACAGUACAUGCCCUCUUGGCUGGACCUCAGAGAGGAACGGCCAGCGGCCAGUGGUUCAAGGAACUAGACUUUAGCUAAUAGGUGGCAGCUGGGGGGGAGGGGGCGGUCAGAGCCUAGAACUGGGCCUGCAUGGGUGUAGACGAACCCUGCAAUCUCCCUUACACAAAUUUGACAAGAGGCUCUAAGUCCUAGAGGACAGUGUUCACAGUGGAGGGCCAAGAGGCAUCGUCCUGGAUUUGUCUGCUCUCUAUUAUGUGCAAGACUCAGUCAGUCAUCCCACCCCAAAGGCAGUUCUUGAGAAACAGAGGAAGAGGGUGGAGCAUCUGGAAAUCUCCCAGAAGCCUCUUCCACACUGGGGAUUAGCCUCUACCUCUAAGGCUGACUCAUCAGCGACAUCUGGUGGCUGGUGAAAGUCACAGCUGACUCCACUCUAUUUGGGGUGAUAUUGCAAUUACCUGAUUCCCUAGAGGAAGAGGGCCAUGGGUAACUGGCUGAGUGUCUUUCUCCUACUGGGUCUAAAGGGAAGGGCAGAGGUCGGGGGUUCUUUCCCAUCAGGAGUGAUUGUGAAUGGGAAAUCUUUGAGAGUCUAAGGGAAGCUGGUUUGACAGUGGCCUUGUCAGAUCUCUUUUGCCCUCAGCUUCCACAUCUGUAAACUGAGGCAGUAGGUCAGAUGCUCCUCCAGGGUCCUCUCAGAGCUCCUGUUUCAUGUCUGUGCCCCCUUUUCUAGAGCACACCUAACGCGGGACAAGUGGUAUUGCCUGCCCUCCCUUUGCAGUAAUUUAUUCUCUGCAUAGAGUGCCCCUCCCCCAAAGACUUGCUACCCUCCUUUCCUAGCCCAGGCGAGCAGCUUGGCAGGUUUCCAAGAACCUGGGUUUCCUGCAUUACCCUUCCCUUCUCCUCCCUCAAGGGAAAGCUGUCUUUGCCCUGCCACAGUUCCCUGGGUGGAGGGGGGGAGUAUGUGGAGAUGAAUGUUCAGGAAGUGAGUGAAGCACAGGACCCAUCCUCCUUAGGCUGGGGAAGGCUCUGGAGGCUUUUUCAUCUCUCCAAGAUCAGCAUCACACAACUAUUUUAAGACAUUGGAUUAGGCGGGCCCCAUAGUCCAGAAGCCCCAUUUAUAUUCUCAAUCUCCUUUGAGAUUUGAAAAUAGAGCCCACUUCACACAGCCUCUUUUCCCCUGCUGUGCAACUUCCUCACCUUUCCUAGUUGCAGCUGGUUCCUCCAAGGCUCCUGCUUAAAGUCAAUGUAUUAUUACAGCUGAAAGCAACCUGGUGCUAUGGCCUGGACAAGCCCCUUCUGCACCUAUGACAACCUGCAACCUCUGCCCCUUUCGAGAGGCCCACAGGAAUCCCACAGCUCCUGUGGCUGCUAGGGAUGGGGUGGGCACUGAUCCUGCAAACCUGAACUAGCAUCCCACCAUCAGCAUCCCAUUAUCUAACCUGGGCCACGCCAGUUUCCUCCACUGCUCUCUGCAGCCGGCAGCUAGAGAGACAAGAGUUAGCCUGGCUUCACAGGAAACAUACACACACAGUGCUGGUUACCUUGGGGUUUAGAAAGCACCUCCUCACACAAGUUUAUUCAAUCAGUGCCAUUAGCAUUUAUACAUGCAGGUGCGCAUGCACAUGUGUGUGUGUAUGUGUGUGUAUGCGCGUGCCCAACCACACCCUGUACAUCUUAUCUAUUCUCCAAAUGAUCAUGUUAAUUCUGAUACAGCUUCCACAUCUCAACAAGCUUCACAGCAGAGGAAAUAAAGUCAUAUGGAAAACACCCAGCAUGAA